AUGACAACGUUUGCCGUGUCGAGCAAGGAGGUGACGGCGUACACUGGCGAGACGACCCGCGACGUGCCCGUGACGUCCCUACGAGAGUUUACGAAGGAGGGCUGCAAUGAUGUCCCGCAGUCGUCGCCCGUGACGUCGCCAACCGUGCACAGCAAGCGCGGUUUCGUCCAGGGCGUCAUUCAAGCGUACAGCCAGCACCACAACCUCGUGCUUCGCCCUGAUGAUGUCUGGCUCGCGAUCAUGAUUCCGUUCAGCUUGCACAUCAACGGCAAUGCGCGAUGGUUUCGCUCGUCGCUCGUCAAGCACCGCGGCAAGAAGAACCUCGCGAUCAAAGGCGGCGGCGACGUGACGUCGGCCAGCACAGGUGGCCUCGCCAAGCUCAUGGCCAAUGAAAUGACCGCGCACCUCGUGAAUCCAACGCUCAAGGACUGGGUACUCCCCGGCUUCUCAACGACGACGGACAACGACGUUGUCGUCGGCAGCGUUGUCUUUAUGGCGGCGAUGAAGAAGUAUUUUGCCUACAAGUUCGAGCUCGGCUGUGGGAUUCCGCUGGUUACGCUCCUCGGGACUGUCGACGAUUGGCAAGACCUUCGAACCCGCAGCACCACGCUCGCGACGUUCGGCGGCUAUGCAUCGACGUGGUCUCGCAUGCUGGCGCCGAUUCUCGACCAGUUCGUCUCGGCCGCGAAAGGGCAGCCCGAUGCGGUGUUCUGGGACCGGAUUUGCCACCAUAUUGGCGGCGGGUCAGGUCCGAGCUAUCUUAGUGGCUGGCUUAGUGUUUUCUGUGUCUUCAACGAGGAAGGGCAAUGGCAAGGCGGUACAAAGUCGGUGACGCUCUACACCGGCAAGGUUGUUACGACGGACUUUCCGAUCGUCGAGUCGCAAGACGUGCCGCCGGGCUACGUCACGGUCGACGUCACCAUUAACGACAAUGGGGUGCUGCGUGAAGGGCUCCUCUUUGCAGGCCACAUGAGCUUCAGCGUCCAAAACGAAGCCACGGCCAUUGCUCCAGAGCUGAGCUGGGCGAUUGCGCUCAAGAACGGAGAGCGCGACUGUAGCGACGACGAUGGCGAAUGGACAAGCGCUUCGGGAUGGCUUUGGGCGAGCGCCGCAACUUUGAUCGUCGUGAUCACGUGGACCCUCAAGCAGUGCUUUCUCUAAUCCGAAUGUCG